AUGGCUGAGUUCUUACUACUUGGUACCAACAACUUCCGUAAGUUCACUUACGAAUCUUUGGCUGCUAUCGAAAAGAGAAUUGCUGCCAAGAGGAAUUGUCAGAGAAAUACUGUAGACCAGAAACCUGAGAAGAAACCACGUCCUCAACUUGACCUAAAAGCUUUCCAGAAGUUACCUGCUCUCUAUGGAAAUCCUCCUCCAGAGCUCAUUGGGGAACCACUGGAGGAUCUUGACCCAUACUACAAAGAUCGUAAGAUUUUCAUAGUGCUAAACAAACAGAAAACAAUCUUCAGAUUUACUGCUACACGUGCCUUAUGGAUCCUCAGUCCUUUCCACCCAAUCCGAAGAACAGCAAUUAAAAUUUUAGUACAUUCAUUAUUCACUUCGUUUAUCAUAUGUACUAUUAUAACUAAUUGUGUAUUCAUGGCUCUGACUGAGUCCUCUAAGGCUUCUCCAUCUCCUUCAUGGAACAAGUAUGUUGAAUUUACUUUCACUGGCAUUUACACUUUUGAAUCAUUGAUAAAAAUAUUGGCAAGAGGAUUCUGCCUAAACGAAUUCACUUUCCUUCGAGAUCCCUGGAAUUGGUUGGAUUUCAGUGUCAUUGUUAUGGCGUAUGUGGGAGCAUUUAGUGACUUGGGGAGUGUGUCAGUCCUUCGGACUUUCAGGGUUCUGAGAGCUUUAAAAACCAUUUCAGUAGUGCCAGGACUCAAGAUCAUUGUAGGGGCACUUAUCCAGUCUGUUAAGAAACUUGCCAAUGUGAUGAUCCUGACUGUUUUCUGCCUGAGUGUCUUUGCCCUCAUAGGCCUCCAGCUUUUUAAGGGCAAUCUAAGACAAAAAUGUGUCAGGAACUCUACAGAGUCUGGUGAAAUACCUUAUUUCCUUAACAAAACAUGGGAGUCCUAUGAAAUGUUUGCUAAUGACACAGCAUACUUCGCUAAGAAAGAAGGUACCUCGGAUAUUUUGCUGUGUGGUCCUGGUGCUGGGAUCUGUCCUCCAGACUAUGUAUGCUUGAAAAUUGGGCCAAAUCCUGAUUAUGGUUUCACUAGUUUUGAUACAUUUGGCUGGGCUUUCCUUUCCUUAUUCCGCCUGAUGACCCAGGACUACUGGGAGCGUCUGUACCAGCAGACCCUCAGAGCAUCUGGGAAGGUGUAUAUGCUCUUCUUCAUGCUGGUCAUCUUUCUGGGCUCAUUUUAUCUAGUCAACUUGAUUCUGGCUGUAGUAACCAUGGCAUAUGAAGACCAGAACAAGGCCACCAUUGCUGAAACGGAGGCAAAGGAAAGGAAAUUUCGGGAAGCCAUGGAAUUAUUACAGAAGGAGCAGGAAUCAUUGGCUAUUAAAGGAAUUGAUAUCCAGUCAAUUAGCUCCUUUGAAGCCUCUUCUCUGUCUACCAAAGAAAUAAAAGAAAGAAGCAAUAGGCAAAAGAGAAAUAAGUCCUUGGGGAUAGAAGAUAAUGAAGAAGAACAAUUCCCCAAGUCACAGUCCACAGACAGUCAACGAAAGUUGGCAGCUGUAAAUGAUGAGAGCAGCAUGAUGCAUAUGCCUCCUCAUCUGUCAGUGGAGUACUUUAACGAGGCACUUCAGCGACAAAGGGCAGCAAGUGCAGUCAGCAUAAUUACUAGUGUCUUGGAGGAACUUGAAGAAUCUCAGCGGAGAUGCCCGCCAUGCCUGAAAGAUUUUGCUUUGAAGUAUCUAAUUUGGGACUGUUGUCCGCUUUGGCUGAGAAUUAAGAAAAAAGUGGCUGCUUUCAUAAAGGAUCCUUUUAUCGAUCUCACCAUCACUGUUUGCAUUGUGAUGAACACUUUGUUCAUGGCACUGGAGCACAAUAAUAUGUCAGAUAAUUUUAAAUUGAUGCUUAAUAUAGGCAACUUGGUUUUUACAGGAAUCUUCACUGCAGAAAUGAUCUUAAAAAUCAUCGCUCUAGAUCCCUAUUAUUAUUUUCAGCAGCACUGGAAUAUUUUUGACAGUGUAAUUGUCACACUGAGUCUAAUUGAACUGAGUUUACCCAGACACAAAGGCAAGAAAGAAAGGCGAAAAGGAGGAACCCUGUCAGUUUUACGAUCCUUCAGACUGCUGAGGGUCUUCAAGCUGGCAAAGUCCUGGCCAACUUUAAAUACUCUAAUUAAAAUAAUUGGUAACUCCCUGGGAGCACUGAGUAAUCUGACCCUUGUCCUGGCAAUCAUUGUUUUCAUUUUUGCUAUAGUAGGGGUGCAACUUUUUGGGAAAAGCUAUGGGGAGAACAGUCAUAAAAUAAACAAAAAUGGCAAGCCACGCUGGCACAUGAUGGAUUUCUUCCACUCAUUCCUUGUUGUUUUCCGAAUUCUGUGUGGAGAAUGGAUUGAGACCAUGUGGGACUGCAUGGUGGUUGCUGAACAACCUCUGUGCCUGCUUGUCUUUCUGCUGGUCAUGGUGAUAGGAAAUUUAGUGGUUCUCAACCUUUUCAUUGCACUACUGCUGAAUUCCUUCAGUGCUGACUGUCUCCAAACAGCAGAGGAUGAUGGAGAGAUGAACAAUCUUCAGAUUGCCUUUACUCGGAUUCACAAGGGAUUUCGCUUUGUGAAGAGCGUUACUUGGGAUACUUGCUGUGGAAAGCUCAGACAUAUAAGGAAAGUGCACAGGAAGAAAAUCAAUUUCACUGCACAGAACCAACUUGGGUUCAAGUGUGAAGAAAUAAAAAAUCGUAAAGAGAAUUACAAUAACGAAUGGGCUGAGAAAAAUGAGGACAAAUGCUUAGGUCAUGAAGAUUUUAUUACCAAUCCCAACAUAUUUGUUUGUGUCCCGAUUGCUGAGGCAGAGAAUACAAGUGAGGGUUUUGAAGAUGACGAUAAACUCAGCACAUUUACAGACACAGAAUACAGCAAACAGGAUGAAAAUCACCUGAGGCAAAGGGGAGAAAGAGGAAAAAAUUCAGGCAGCUGGAGUAAAGGAUCAGGAUUUUCCUCUGAAGAAUUCAGUGUGCUUUACCUAGGCAAGGAUAGGAAGAUUGAACCAUCAUCACCAGAAGAAAAAGAGUUUGAUGGUGUCAGCUCUUCUGAAGGCAGCACAGUGGAUCUGACAAAUCCUGAAGAUCUUUUGAGACAGAUUCCAGAGUUUGCUGAAGACUUCAAGACUCCAGAAAAAUGUUUUCCAGAAGGUUGUGUUCGAUACUUUCGUUGUUGUGUGGGUAGUGCCAAAAAGUUUGGAGGAGAAACAUGGUGGAAUCUGAGAAAAACGUGCUACCAGAUUGUUGAACACUCCUGGUUUGAAUCCUUUAUCAUAUUCAUGAUUCUUCUGAGCAGCGGAGCCCUGGCAUUUGAAGACAUCCAUAUAAAUGAGAGGAAAAGCAUUAGACAUAUGUUGACAUUUCUUGACAAAUUGUUCACUUUCAUCUUUGUUCUGGAGAUGCUCUUGAAAUGGGUGGCUUAUGGCUUCAAGAAGUAUUUCACCAACGCCUGGUGCUGGCUGGACUUCCUCAUUGUAGACGUUUCUUUAAUAAACCUCUUCGGCAGUUCAUUUGGCCCCAUGAAAUCUCUUAGAACUCUCCGAGCUCUGAGACCCCUAAGAGCAUUGUCACGAUUUGAGGGAAUGAGGGUGGUUGUCAAUGCCCUCGUGGGAGCCAUCCCUUCAAUCAUGAAUGUUCUACUCGUCUGCCUCAUCUUCUGGCUCAUCUUUAGCAUCAUGGGAGUGAAUCUGUUUGCUGGGAAGUUUGGGAAAUGUGUCAACCUGACAGAAGAAGAUUCAGAAUUAAAUAGUUCAAUCAAUGACAUAACAGACUGUAGAAUGUAUAAUAACACAGGAAAAAUAUUCUGGGUCAAUGUUAAAGUCAACUUUGAUAACGUUGGCUCUGGCUACCUGGCUCUUCUUCAGGUGGCAACAUUUAAAGGUUGGAUGGACAUCAUGUACGCGGCAGUAGAUUCACGAGAGAAAAAUGAGCAGCCACAAAUGGAGCACAGUCUAUUUAUGUAUCUCUACUUUGUGAACUUCAUCAUCUUUGGAUCUUUCUUUACCUUGAAUCUCUUUGUUGGGGUUAUUAUUGACAACUUCAACCAGCAAAAGAAAAAGAUAAGUGGGGAAGAUAUUUUUAUGACAGAAGAACAGAAAAAAUAUUACAAUGCAAUGAAAAAGUUGGGAUCCAAGAAACCUCAAAAACCCAUUCCAAGACCACUGAACAGAUACCAAGGGUUCCUUUUUGACAUAGUAACAUGCCAAGCCUUUGAUGUUGUCAUCAUGAUUCUCAUCUGCCUUAACAUGAUCACCAUGAUGGUGGAAACCUAUGAGCAAAGUGAAACAAAGGCUCACAUCCUUAGUAAAAUCAAUAUACUCUUCGUUGCCAUCUUUACUGCAGAAUGUGUACUGAAAUUGAUGGCUCUGAGGCAGUACUAUUUCUCAAAUGCCUGGAACAUAUUUGAUUUAGUUGUUGUGAUCAUGUCACUUGUUG